CUCAGUGGACUCGACGCAGGUUGCCUUGCCCCUCCUUCAGCUGAGCGUGGUGUUGCUCCGGUGUGACGGAGACAGAGCUCUGGUGCAGAGGGAGCGGAGAGGGGACUACGCACCACCUCCGCCCGCAGCCUCAGACACGGGCCGGGGAUGGCUUCGCUCGGCGUGGGGCUUCAUCUCGUCCGCAAGAGGGGAGCAGGCAGGAGCGCCGCGGUGGAGAGGAGGAAUCUUCUCACGGUGUGCAGGUUUUCUGUAAAGACUCUACUGGACCGCUCCUGUUUUGAGACAAUAGAUGACACAGCUCCAGACUUUGUUAACUUUGUUUCCAUCCUGGAGCACAUUCUCAGUCAUCGACUCAAAGGACAGACCACUUGGUUUGGCUAUGAGAGUCCUCGGAGUUUCUGGGAUUACAUAAAAGCCGCCUGCAUUAAAGUCCCUCAUAAUUGCAUCCGAAGCAUCGAGAGCAUGGAGAAUGUGCGAGCAUCCAGAGCUAAAGGAAGGGCAUGGAUCAGAGUGGUCCUGAUGGAGAAAAGAUUAUCAGAAUACAUCUCAUCUGCACUGAGGGACUUCAAAACCACCAGGAGGUUUUAUGAAGAUGGGGCGAUCUUGCUGGGAGAGGAGGCGGGGCUGUUGGCAGACACACUCAUUGGACUCAACACCAUUGACUUCAGCUUCUGUCUGAAAGGAGAGGGUCUGGACGGCAGCUGCCACGCCGUGAUCGACUACACACCUUACCUCAAGUUCAUUCAGAAUGCAGACAGCAUCAGCAGCGACGAGGAGGAGAUGAGGACUAUGGGGAGCAGCGGCAGUGAGAGCAGCAGCCCAGACAAAAUGGCCACCGCCGCCUCCAUCUUCACCGAGCAGAGCAACUUGGUCAGCAAGUGCAAACGCUUUGAGCAGAAGUACCGAAUGGCGCUGGAGCAGAAGGGUUACCUGGAAGAGCUGGUCCGUCUACGAGAAGCCCAGCUGUCAGAGGCUGUGUCUCAUAACAAAGCUCUUCAGCAGAGCCUAGCAGACACACACCUCUCCCACACACUGGAGAAAGAACAGCUUGAGUACAUCAUACUGGAACUACAGGACCAACUAACGGUGCUGAAGAACAAUGAUUUGCGGUCCAGACAAGAGUUGACAGCCCAUUUGACCAAUCAGUGGCCGUCUCCCGUCGCCUUGGACGCCAAUGCCGUUGCCUUGGACACGCUGCUGUACAGGAAGAGCAUGGGACAGUGGGAGGAGAAGAGUUUUCAGAGUCUGGAGCAGCUGUCUGCAGACAUGAGUCUCUCCCAGACGUCUCUUGGACCAUCGCACACGCUGAGUGUGGAAGCCAGGCCGACCAGCACACAGUGGCCCCACCAAGGUAAAGAGGAGACUCUGUCUCUAAGAGGUCUGUGUGGCUCCCUGACCUCAGUCGCCAGCUACAAGUCUUUGGCCAGCCUGAAGUCCAGCGAGUGCUUGGCCAGUCCUGCAACAGAGAUCAGCAGCCCAGGCUUCACUCCUUCAUAGGGAACGGAGAGCAAAAAAAAAAAAAAAAGCAGAUCUCCACCAGGGCCAGACAGUCAAGGAACUUUCUUAAUGUAAGUUAUGUUGAUUUGUAGACUUGUAUGUUCUGGAUAUUGAACCAAGAGCUUUAACAGAUAGAAGUCAGGCUUGCAAGUUGAGGAUCCGGUGUAGCAUGUUCUUAAAACUCAAGAGCGGCUCAAUCAGACCAAAUAAUGUCUUGUUAACGAACCAUUCAGCUGAAACUGCUGUUACUUCCUAAGUAUGUUAUACAUGCUUUUGUUUUGUUGGCAUUUAUAUCUGUGAAGCAUCUGUUUUUUCUUUUAUAGGAAAUUAAUUAAAAUGAUAGACAUCUGAUGUAAGAAUUAAAAAGUUUGAGAUGACAACAUGCUGAAAAUACAGAUCAGAGCAAACAAAAUCCUGAAAGCCUCAAUUGCUGUUUUGUCUCAUCAUUAUGAAUCAUUUCCUGUAGUUGACAGGGUCUCUCAUUAUCUUGUGCUGUUUCUGCUGCCACCGAAUGUAUUUUUGUUGUUUUAUGAUAAAUGCACCUCCACUUUUAUCAGGUUUAACUUAUCAGCAAACCUUUGCAUAAUGCCGUCUUAUAUUCUAUUAUGUUCUUGCACUUUUGUUUGUAUUUUAAUUUUAUUUGAUGAAGUAUUAUGUUGUAAAUGUCGUGUAUAAUACAGUGUCAGUUGGUUUUGUUAUCAGGUAAGGGUCCAUGUGAUUAAUAUUCCCCCUUCACUUCUGGAUUUACUUUAAACUUAACUCAGAUAUAGACUCCUGUUAUUAUUCCCUUUAAUGAUUCAAAUGCAGUACUUUAAUGACUAGUUUUACCACAAAAUAGACAAAAUUCCUUAUAAAAUAAAA